AUGGCCGCCGAUCUCGAACUCCUCAGUUUCCAACUUCUCGCCGCGGUGAAGGAGCUCCAGGCAGGCACUGGCAGCAAUGAGUUCAAGUCCCGGAAGAAGGUGACCGACCUGGCCAAAGAUAUCGUGGUCAACGCCAUCCACCCCGAUGAGGUGACCUUGGAUUACUGCAUCCAGAUGGGCGAGAUGGCCGCCCUUCGGAUGUUCAUGAAGUGGAAGAUGUUCGAGAAGAUCCCUAAGGACUCCGCCAUCUCGUACAAGGAGCUGGCCGACUCCGUCGGUGCGGAUGAGUCUCUCGUCGCUCGUCUCGGUGGUAUGCUCGUCGCCUGCGGCCGCCUUGACCAGGUUGGUGAGGACGCGGUGACCCAAUCCCGUGUCUCGUACACCUUCGCCAACAACCACACCUCCGGCAUGAUGUUCCAGAUGAUGUUCGACGAGGGCAUGCGACCCUACACCCAGUGGCCCGACUACUUCGAGAAGUACAACAACAAGGAGCCCACCGGCAUCACCCACAACCCGCACAGCUUCGGUUAUGGCGAGCCCGAGCAGGAGUGCUGGGCCAUCCUCGGCCGCGACGCGGAGCGAACCCGCGUCUUCGCUCUCAGCAUGCAGGCCAUGGAGUCCCAGCUUCCGAUCGGAGGCAUCUACGACUUCAAAUGGAUCGGUGAGGAGGCCAAGUCCGGCAAGAACCCCGAGCGUCCCCUGAUCGUCGACGUGGGCGGCAGCGCGGGCCACGCCCUGAAGUUCAUCAUGGAAGAAACCCCCGACAUCCCGCAGGAGCGCUGCGUGCUGGAAGACCGUCCGGAGACCAUCGCCGACACCAAGAAGACCGGCGACCCGACCCUCGCCAACGUGCAGAUGGUCGAGCACGACUUCUACGCCGAGCAGCCGGUCAAGGGCGCGCUCAUCUACUUCAUCCGCCGCUGCCUGCACGAUCACCCCGACGAGAACUGCGUGAAGAUUCUCACCCACCUCGCCAACGCCCUACCCGCCGACGACACCCGUUCGCGCGUGCUCAUCACCGAGCAAGUGCUCGACAACCCGCCCACCAAGACCAACACCUGGGUCGACAUGUGCAUGAUGAACAUCGGUGGGAAGGAGCGUAAUGCCCGGACCUGGGACAAGAUCGUGACCCAAGCGGGCAUGAAGAUCGUGGCCAUUCACCGCAAGGAAGGCAGCCCGAUUGGCGUCGUCGAGUGCGCCAAGGCGUUGAACUAG